AUGCAGUGGAACACUUUUGUUGAUGUGUUUCAAAAAAUCACCGCAAUUAUCUCAAUAUUCCUCAAUUGUAUCUUAACAUAUCUGAUCCUUAAAAAGUCUCCAAAACAACUUGGAUCGUAUAAAUUUUUGAUGAUCUACAUCUCAUGGUUCGAAAUAAUCUACUCAAUUAUUGAUAUUAUAACAACUCCAAUUUUCUUUUCUCACGAUUUCAUAUUUGUUGCUAUGGUAUACACUAAAGAUUCUCUAUUUUCUCAUCAAAUAUUAUUGAUAUUAAAUGGUAUUUAUUGCUCAUGUUUCGGAGCAUCAAUGGGAAUGUUUGGCCUGCAUUUCAUUUAUCGCUAUUUUGUCUCGUAUGGUUCACAAUUUCUGAAAACAUUUGAAGAUGCCCGGAUUCUUAUGUGGAUGAUGAUUCCUGUAAUCUAUGGAUGUAUUUGGGGAUUCACAUGUUAUUUUAUAAUCUCGCCUACCGAAGAAAUAAAUAAUAAAUUGGCAGAGAAACUUUUGGCAAAUUUCAGUUGGGAACUUCAAGAUAUUGCCUAUCUUGGUUUACAUUUUUUCGAUCUUCAAGCUGAUGGAACAUAUAAAGUGUAUUGGUAUUCAAUGGUUGCUGUUCUGGCUGGAAUUAUUAUCAUAGUCUCUUCACUCGUUGCGAUGUUUUAUUGUGGUGUUCGAUGUUAUUUGAGACUCAAUAAACUGAUGAAAAUGGGAACCGAUACUUCACAGAAUACGAAAAAUAUUUCGAAGAGAUCUAGAAAAUUGCAAGCUCAAUUAUUUUACGCGUUAGUUACUCAAACAGCGAUUCCAAUUUUUCUAAUGCAUAUUCCAUUUUCAAUUGUGAUUCUUUUCUCAUUCCUUGGGAAAGAUUUGGGAAUAUUCAGUGGUAUUGCAUCAAUUACAAUUGCCUUGUUCCCAGCAUUAGACCCUCUCCCAACAAUGCUCAUAAUUCAAAGUUAUCGGGCCACUAUUUUAAGUAAGUUGUUCACGGUCAAAGUGAGAAUAGCCGAUAAUUUCAAAAUUUUAAGGUUUCUUGACUUGUUCAAAGAAAGUUCGUGCACAAGUUACUUAUCUUACAAGUGCUUCAACAAUCGAAGUGAAAACCUGA